AGGGAAACGGGUGGCCCAGUUUGCUGAUCUAUAUAUAGCAGAACCAUUGCAGGCUCCAAGACCAUACACAUCAUACACCUUCGCAUUCUCUCUGAGCCAUUUGCCCUUCAGCUCUAUCUUCUUCUUCUCUGCUUACACAGAUUCAAAGGCUCAAGUUCCAGGCUUUCCAGUCACUGCAGAAUGGGGAGUGCCGGCGAAACCAAGUAUGGUGCAUACACCUAUGAGAACUUGGAGAGGGAACCAUACUGGCCAUCAGAGAAGCUCCGGAUCUCUAUUACUGGGGCAGGUGGUUUUAUUGCUUCCCACAUUGCCCGGCGCUUGAAGAGCGAGGGCCACUACAUUAUUGCUUCUGAUUGGAAGAAGAAUGAGCACAUGACUGAAGAUAUGUUCUGUCAUGAAUUUCACCUUGUGGACCUGAGGGUCAUGGAGAAUUGCUUGAAGGUCACUAAUGGAGUUGACCAUGUGUUUAAUCUUGCUGCUGAUAUGGGCGGGAUGGGCUUCAUUCAGUCCAACCACUCGGUUAUCAUGUAUAACAACACAAUGAUCAGUUUCAACAUGCUCGAGGCUGGCCGAAUCAAUGGGGUUAAGAGGUUUUUCUAUGCCUCUAGUGCUUGUAUCUACCCUGAAUUUAAGCAGCUGGAAACCAAUGUGAGCUUGAAGGAGGCUGAUGCCUGGCCUGCUGAGCCUCAAGAUGCUUAUGGCUUAGAGAAGCUGGCAACAGAGGAGUUGUGCAAGCACUACAACAAAGAUUUUGGUAUUGAGUGUCGUGUUGGAAGGUUCCAUAACAUUUAUGGUCCUUUUGGAACAUGGAAAGGUGGCAGGGAGAAGGCUCCAGCUGCUUUCUGUAGAAAGGCUCAAACUUCCGUUGAUAAGUUUGAGAUGUGGGGGGAUGGACUUCAGACCAGAUCCUUCACCUUCAUUGAUGAAUGUGUAGAAGGUGUACUUAGAUUGACAAAGUCGGACUUCCGUGAGCCAGUGAACAUUGGAAGUGAUGAGAUGGUUAGCAUGAAUGAGAUGGCUGAGAUUGUUCUUAGCUUUGAGAACAAAAAGCUCCCCAUCCAUCACAUUCCCGGGCCAGAGGGAGUCCGUGGUCGUAACUCAGACAACACACUGAUCAAAGAGAAACUUGGUUGGGCUCCUACAAUGAAGUUGAAGGAUGGGCUGAGAUUUACAUACUUUUGGAUCAAGGAACAGAUUGAGAAAGAGAAGGCUCAAGGUGUCGACUUGGCAGUUUAUGGGUCAUCCAAGGUGGUUGGAACCCAAGCUCCAGUUCAGCUAGGCUCACUUCGUGCCGCAGAUGGGAAAGAAUGAGGUGGUUGAGGCUGAUAGCUCAAUAAGUUGCACUUAAGAAAGCCAAGUUUUAUUAAGGUUUAUUUAUGUUUUAGUGCUCUGGUGCUUAUUGUCUAUUAUAUCGAUAUAUGCUGGUUGCAGUAUAUUGAUUUGUUUCAAGGGAAGCUUUUAUGCUCCCAAUAACUGUGCUCUAGCUUUUCAGGCAACCUUCUCUCCCUUAGAAUAUGUUGGCCUUUAUGAUAAGUUAUGUCUCUUUGCCCCUUCUGAAGUUGGGGGAUGGAUGAUCCAUAUCUUUUUUCAGUCUAUGAGAUAAAUUUGUGCUUCAAAUCUUGUGAUAUUUCAUAAGUAUUGACGUAUUGUGCUUC